AUGACGGCAACGGGAGCGCCAAUCGUGACUAAGGAGAUCGUAUCGCUCACGGGGCUUGGGAUCGGGGCUCAGUUUGUCGGAUUUUCUUUCGUCACCAUGGAAUCCGAGAAAUAUAUCUGUGUCAGGGAGACUUCGCCACAGAACAGUCUCAUGAUUGUGGAUUUGAGCGUACCAAAGCAACCGUUGCGUCGGCCGAUCGCCGCGGAUUCGGCUUUGAUGAAUCCUUUGGGAAAAGUUCUCGCUCUUAGAGCACAAGAGCAGCUACAAGUUUUUAACCUUGACACCAAGGCCAAGCUAAAAGCUUAUCAAAUGAACGAACAGGUCUAUCGUCUUUGGAAAUGGAUCACACCGAAAAUCAUUGGACUGGUGACACAGGAUGCGGUUUAUCACUGGUCUAUUGAAGGGCCGCCUGAGCCGGUGAAGAUGUUUGAGAGAGCGGCCAAUUUGAAUGGCCACCAGAUCAUCAAUUAUCGCUGUGACCCCACUGAGAAAUGGCUUGUUUUGAUCGGGAUUGCUCCAGGCCCUCCGGAGCGUCCUCAACUAGUGAAAGGAAAUAUGCAGAUUUAUUCCGUAGACCAAAAGCGAAGUCAGUCACUUGAAGCUCAUGCUGCGGCAUUUGGAUCUUUCAAGCUUGCCGCAAAUGACGCUGCAUCUGUUAUUAUAUCUUUUGCAUCAAAGAGCUAUUCCGGGGCCCAGGUUGUGUCAAAGCUGCAUGUAAUCGAACUUGGCGCACAGACAGGUAAGGUUGGGUUUGGGAAAAAACAGGCCGAACUCUUUUUUCCUCCCGAAUUCGCUGACGACUUUCCCAUUGCAAUUCAGAUGUCUCAAAAGUAUGGUGUUAUCUAUGUCCUCUCGAAAAUGGGACUUCUUUUUGUCUAUGAUUUGGAGACUGCUGUUGCCGUGUAUAGGAAUCGUAUCAGCGUAGAUCCCUUUUUCAUUUCUGCUGACGCUCCUUCAAAUGGAGGUUUUUAUGCUGUGAACAAACGCGGCCAAGUUCUCAUGGGCACAAUCAAUGAGACGACAAUUAUUUCUUUCAUCAGCGAUCAGCUAAAAAAUAUGGACCUUGCAGUAAGCCUUGCAAAGCGAGCGAACCUCGCUGGAGCUGAAAAACUCGUCGUGCAAAGAUUUCACGAGCUAGUUUCGCAAACCAAGUACAGAGAAGCAGCAGACCUGGCCGCCGAGUCUCCUCAAGGUGUUCUUCGAACUCCUGAAACUAUUGCAAAACUUCAGCUGAUCACUGUUCCACCUGGGCAAACUUCUCCCUUGCUUCAAUAUUUUGGCACCUUGUUAACGAAAGGUCGCUUAAAUGCAUUCGAAUCUUUGGAGUUGUCUCGACUGGUUGUAAGUCAGAGCAAGAAACAUCUGCUGGAAAACUGGUUAGCGGAGGACAAGCUGGAGUGUACAGAAGACCUGGGGAACCUCAUCAGGGGGGUUGAUGCCGAAAUGGCCCUGAAAGUUUACAUUAAGGCCCGAGCAACGGCAAAAGUUAUUGCUGGAUUUGCUGAGAGAAGGGAAUUUGAUAAGAUAUUAAUCUACUCCAAGCAGGUUAACUACACGCCAGACUAUCUUUUCUUGUUGCAAUCAGUAUUAGCCAUCGAUCCGCAGGCUGCAGUAAAUUUUGCGUUGAUUUUAUCUAAAAUGGACGGUGGCUGUCCAGUUGAUUACAACAUCAUCAUUGAAUUAUUUCUCCAGCGCAACAUGAUCCGGGAAACUACCGCUUUUCUUUUAGAUGUGUUGAAGGAAAAUCUUCCGGAACACGGGCUGCUUCAAACGAAGGUUCUCGAGAUCAACCUGUUGACAUUUCCUAAUGUGGCAGAGGCCAUCAUGGCAAAUGGUGUUUUCAGCCACUAUGACCGAUCUCGCAUUGCUCAGCUUUGCGAAAAGUCCGGGCUUUUCAUGAGAGCACUUCAGGCACAUCUAGUGUUUAAAAUAUUUCACUGACAGUAAAAAAACUAUUUCUUGCAGCAUUACACAGAGUUGACGGACAUAAAAAGAGUCAUAAUAAACACCCAUACGAUGGAUGGUCAGGCAUUAGUCGAGUUCUUUGGCACACUUUCAAAAGACUGGGCGUUGGAUUGUAUGAAAGAAUUGCUCCUGAUUGAUAUGCGACAGAAUUUGCAGAUCGUCGUGCAGGUGGCCAAAGAAUAUGCAGAGCAACUUGGAGUCGAACAUUGUAUUGACUUGUUUGAGCAGUUUAGAUGCUAUGAAGGCAUAUUUUUCUUCCUGGGAGCGCAACUUGCAAAAAGUGAGGACGCCAACGUUCACUUUAAGUACAUCGAAGCAGCUGCUAAAAUUGGUCAGCUGAAAGAAGUGGAACGUGCAACAAGGGAAUCGAAGUUCUACGAUGCAGAGCGAGCUAGGAAUUUUCUCAUGGAAAUACAGCUUCCAGAUGCCCGUCCAUUGAUAAACGUCUGCGACCGCUUUGGAUUUAUCCCCGAACUAACACAUUAUCUAUACUCAAAGAACAUGCUCCGCUACAUUGAAGGCUACGUUCAAAAGGUAAACCCAGGAAAUGCACCACUAGUUGUUGGCCAGCUUCUUGAGGAAGAUUGUCAAGAAGAUUUUAUCAAGAAUUUGGUGUUUUCUAUCCGGUCUCUUGUUCCCGUAGAGCCACUUGUGGCCGAGUGUCAGAAACGGAAUCGACUGAGGCUGCUCACUCCAUUUUUGGAGAACCUGGUCUCUGAGGGCAGCAAAGACGUAGCUGUGCAUAAUGCCCUUGCUAAGAUUGCUGUGGAUACAAGCAACAACCCUGAACAUUUUCUCACCACCAAUCCUUACUAUGAUUCUCAAGUCGUGGGAAAGUACUGUGAGAAUCGGGAUCCUACGCUGGCUGUUAUUGCAUACCAUCGGGGCCAGUGUGAUGACGAUUUGAUACAUGUAACAAACAGAAACUCGCUAUUCAAAGUUCAAGCAAGAUAUGUUGUGGAGCGCAUGGAUCCCGAACUCUGGGCAAAGCUUCUCAAUCCAGACAACUUUUAUAGACGGCAGUUUAUUGAUCAAGUCGUUUCUACCGCUCUACCUGAUACUCGAAGCCCCGAUCAAGUCUCAGCUGCUGUGAAAGCUUUUAUGCUAGCGGACCUUCCGCACGAGCUGAUAGAGCUUCUUGAGAAAAUUGUGCUCCAAAACUCGGCAUUCAGCGACAAUCCAAACCUGCAGAACCUCCUUAUACUCACGGCCAUCAAAGCAGAGAAGUCUCGAGUUAUGGACUACGUAAAUCGUUUGGACAACUUCGACGGUCCUGCAGUGGGGGAGAUUGCUGUCGGUGCGGAACUCUAUGAAGAAGCAUUCACGGUUUUCAAAAAGUUUUCCCUGCACACCCAAGCCGUCAACGUUCUUCUCGAGAACUUGCAAAGCAUCGGGCGAGGUGUUGACUUUGCAAACAGGGUGGAAGAAGCAGAUGUUUGGAGGCAAGUCGCCAAAGCUCAACUCAAAAUUGGAGCGGUUGCUGAGGCUAUCGAUUCGUUCACUCGUGCAAAGGACACGACGCACUUCAGUGAAGUUAUCAAGGCAGCAGAGGAGGUCAAAGCUUAUGAUGAUCUUGUGAAGUACCUCUUGAUGGUCCGGAAGAGCAUCAAAGAGCCAAAAGUCGACUCGGAGCUGAUAUACGCCUAUGCAAUGUCAGAUCAACUGAGCGACAUCGAAGAUUUUCUCCUCCAGUCGCACGUCGCCAACUUACCGAGCGUUGGCGAAAGGCUCUACGAGGAUGGUGCUUAUCAGGCUGCCAGAAUCAUCUUCACUCAGACUUCCAACUGGGGCCGGCUGGCGACGACGCUCAUAAAACUGAAGCUGUUCCAGGACGCUGUGGAUGCAUCCAGGAAAGCUGACAACUCCAGAGUAUGGAAAGAGGUCUGUUUUGCUUGUGUUGAUGCAGAGGAGUUUAGGCUCGCGCAGAUUUGUGGACUGCACGUUAUUGUCCAGGUAGACGACCUUGAGGAAGUCAGUGACUACUAUCAGAAACACGAAAGGUGGAAAGAGCUUAUUGCGUUGAUGGAGAGCGGCUUGGGACUAGAACGCGCACACAUGGGAAUUUUUACUGAGCUAGGAGUGCUGUAUGCGAAGUAUCUUCCCGACAAGCUUAUGGAGCACUUGAAGCUAUUCAGCGCUCGCGUCAACAUCCCCAAGCUUAUUCGAGCGUGCAGCGAGCAACAGCACUGGAAGGAGCUAACCUUCCUUUACAUACAGUACGACGAGUUUGACAAUGCUGCAGCGACUAUGAUAGCUCAUUCUCCAGAAGCUUGGGAUCACACGCAGUUUAAAGAUAUCGCUGUGAAGAUGGCGAAGAUCGAAUUAUACUACCGGGCUAUCACGUUUUAUCUCGAAGAACAUCCAGAUCUUCUCAACGAUCUGUUGCUUGUCCUGUCUUCUCGUGUCGAUCAUACACAAGUGGUGAAUCUUCUCAGAAAGGCUGGUCACUUGCCUAUGAUAAAACCAUACCUGGUGUCGGUUCAAAGCCACAACCUUAGCGCAGUGAACGAAGCACUCAAUGCGUUGUAUGUCGAGGAAGAAGAGUUUGACAAACUGCGGGAGUCUAUCGAAAUGUAUGACACGUUUGAUCAAAUCUCGCUAGCUCAACAAAUUGAAAAACAUGAGCUACUGGAAUUUCGUCGCAUCGCAGCUUUCAUCUACAACAAGGCUGGAAGGUGGCGGCAGUCUGUAGAGCUUUCAAAAAAGGACGAGCUGUACAAGGAUGCCAUGGAAACUUGCUCGGAGUCUGGGGAUGGAAUGCUAACCGAAGAGCUACUCACAUUCUUUGUCGAGCAAGGGAGACGGGAUUGUUUUGCCGCUUGCCUAUACAUUUGCUACGAUCUUGUAAGAGCCGAUGUGGCCUUGGAGCUGGCAUGGAUGCACAAAAUGCUGGAUUAUGUCGUCCCCUAUAUGAUCCAGUUCAUAAGGGAGUACACAAACAAGGUAGACGAGCUCAUGAAGGACAAGUAUGACUCUCUCCAAGAGCUGCGCUCCAAGUCUAGCGAAGACAAAGAUAUGCUCUCCAAACAGAACUUGUACGCGCAGCUUCUUCCACUGGCACUGCCGGGACCGACCGCUCCCGGAAUGUAUGAAAUCCCGUAUGGAAUGUCUCCGCCGCCACCGCCGCCUUCCACUUCUUUCGCUGGUAUGCCACCGAUGAGCUUCUAACUUGAAACUUCGCCCGAGAGCAUCGAGAGAGGAAUUCCAGACCUCGUUUCCUAGACCCAAGGCCAAGUUAUCCAAAAGAAGAGGUGGUGAUCACUAAGAAUAGAUAGAAUCCGGAGUUUUAAAAUUGUUUCCAGUUUAUAAGCUAGCUGGCCAAGAAAUUAUCAAACUGAACAACUCGACAAAC